CCAGCCUGCACCCUUCACUUCACCCAAGUUCAGACUUCAAGCCAAGUUAGAGUGCCUUGAAUUGCCAAUCGUAGCUAACCAUGUCAAGGGACCCACUUGUAGUAGGCAACGUAGUUGGAGAUAUCUUGGAUCCAUUUAUCAAAUCAGCAUCACUCAGAGUCCUAUACAACAAUAGGGAACUGACUAAUGGAUCUGAGCUCAAGCCAUCGCAAGUAGCCAAUGAACCAAGGAUUGAGAUUGCUGGACAUGACAUGAGGACCCUUUACACUUUGGUGAUGGUGGAUCCCGACUCACCAAGUCCAAGCAAUCCAACGAAAAGAGAGUACCUUCACUGGUUGGUGACAGAUAUUCCAGAAUCAACAAAUGUGAGCUAUGGAAAUGAGGUAGUAAGCUAUGAAAGUCCAAAGCCAAGUGCUGGAAUACAUCGCUUCGUCUUUGUGCUCUUCCGCCAAUCUGUCCGGCAAACUAUUUAUGCGCCAGGAUGGAGGCAAAAUUUCAACACAAGAGACUUCUCAGCAUUCUACAAUCUAGGACCACCUGUGGCCUCAGUGUUCUUCAACUGCCAAAGGGAGAAUGGGUGUGGUGGCAGACGAUAUAUUAGAUGAUAUUAGAAUAACCUCCUCUACAGGAGGACUGACGGAAUUCUGCACGAGGCCAAGCACACCGAAUGGGUAGUAAA